AUGAUCAGUGCCAGCAAGGAACCAAAACAAGGCCUUAAAUGUGCAGAUAGCAAACCAGUUAUAGGAAGCUUAUGCUGCCAACUUUCUUCCUUUAGUUGGACCAUUCCUUCCGACAGAACAAAGCUUCAUCCUUUCUCAUUUUUCUAUUGGUUUAAACAAAAAAAGAAAAAUCGCAAGUUGCAAGAAGAAACAUUUAGUGAUGAUGAUGAAGAUGAUUUUGAAAAUGGAGAAUUUGAAGAAGAAACUGAUUUACCUUUGAACUACAAACAACUGACAGUUCAUAUGAAAUCUCCUCGUGCAGAUGCACUUCUCAGUACUGGUCUCAACCUCUCAAGAGUAAAAAUUGAUUCCAUGUUCUAUGCUGGUAAACUGCUUCACAACGACAAACCAUUAACCAAGAAAAGUAAAAAUGUGAAUGAAGGAGACAAUGUGGACUUAAUAAUGGAAGACAGUGAAAUUGUCAAAGUGAAAAGAGUGAAGGUGUUGAAGAUUUCAUCAGAAAAAACCCAGACAGAUAAAAUUUGUGUUAUUCUUCGAGUAUGGCGGUCACCAUUUUCUCUUGAAUCUCUUCAUGAAGAAUCAUAA